GGAAGCAAAGGUUAAGAAAACCCAUUUCCCCAAAAUUAUACUAGUCCUCUUGUGUUCGAAUCUACGGGAGCCCUGAUUUCAAUCUUAUGGAACAAGAUCUGGUAAAUUACAACAUCUGGUGUUUGAAUCUUGGGGAGCCCUGAUUUCAGUCUUAGAUCUGUCCAUGGACAAAUAUAUGCACCGGCUCCCGCCUAACCGCAACAGCAGAAAAAGCAAUUGGCAGAUUGUAGAAAACGAAAACCAUGUGUGGAAGACAGCAGGCAAAGAAGCACACCAUUCAAGAAGAUGAGGCUCCACAAGGACACAAAGUAUCUUAUCAAUAGUGACAGUUCAAAUUCCGCCUUUUCCCAGGGGCGAAUCCACAGAUCUAACAGGACAAGCCGAUCGCCAACGCCGGGGUUCGAUCUCCUCGCAGUCGCCUCCAACGCUCGCAAAAUUCCCAAUUCCAGUGCGCCGCUCUCGCUGGCGAAAGCGGUUAACUGGCGGCUGGCCUGUUUUAUGGCGAGGGAAUACCUUUCAUGUGGGACACUGCUGGGAAAACCAUUGCCGCCGCAGGAUUCGAACACGACACCUCGGGAAAACGGCGCUUCAGCACAGCCGAAGAAGAAUAUCGGAGGAGAUGAAGCUGCCAGUGAAAGGGAAGCGCUCUACUAUACUCUCACCACCGAUUUCCUCCGCUCGGAUGAUAUUCAUAUUCCCGGCAUUUUUAAUCCUGCACAGAUGGCUGCUUGGCUCGGAUUCAUUUGAAACCAGUCUGCUCAAACCCUGCAAUGAAAAUUCCAAAAGAUGGCUGUGCUAUUUUGUGAUACAAGCACCCUUUACGAUUGCUAUUGUCUUCGUGUCGGAAAGGUGAAACUUCCUAUACAUUUCUUUUUAGGUUAUCUGAUGCGAGAAGUUUUUCCUGUAUAAGAAGCUUUCGAUUCUCAUGCAGUUCACAGAU